AUGUUGCUCGGUUUCCUGUUAACAGUCACAUUACUCUCGAGCGUUAACAGCAACGAGGAAAGUAACAAAGUCACAAAACCUUAUGUCGUUUUUCCCGUACCAUUUGAUUUGCCCAAUCGAAACGAUCGUGCAACUCAGUGCUGGCUGCGGAUCGAGGAUGUUGAAGUGGUUGAAACUGUUGCUGUGUACUGUACUAUAGCGUUGACAUUUAUACGUUACCACAUCCAUGAAUAUAACUCCAGGAAAAUGACGGAGGACGGUGUGGACGUUAGUCUUUGGCGAGAAGAGCCUCUGUCCCCUAAGGAUUUCGUGUUAACCGCCCCGGAGGUAGGCGAGAGCAACGGUAAGGAUUGGAAGGUAUCUACAGUGUUGGACCCUAUUACUCGCAUGAGGAUAUAUGUGACACAGAAAGCGGAUUGCAAACUUAUUAUUUACAGUAGGGAAGGAGUGUCUAACUACAAAGUGGAUUGUGAUAGAAUUUUGUAUUAUGUGAACAGUCAAAUGAGCAGUGCAACAAGCAGCCGUGGACAAGUGAACUUACUAGUGUUUAUGUUAACCAGUGUGUUAUUUGUUGUUAAAUAA